AUGAAUAUCCAAGAGCCCAAGAACGCGUUUGAUAGAGACUACAUCCCCAUCGCAGACCACGGCUUGAUUGGAAACCUCCACACCGCGGCACUCGUCAGCACAGAUGGGUCUAUUGAAAGCUAUUGCAUCCCCCACUUCGACUCUCCUUCAGUAUUCGCCCGCAUCCUCGACAAGAACAAGGGCGGACACUUCUCGAUCAGUCCAACCGUCCCGUUCACCACGAAACAGAACUAUUACCCCAGCUCGAAUGUCCUACAAACCAAGUUCAUGAACGAGAGUGGGGUAGCUAGCGUCACUGGUGAGCUUUCUUCACCGGAAUCCACCAAAACCCAGGCAUUGUGUCGUUCGGCCUUGCUCGGUACUUCCUUCCCCGCCAAGCUGCCGCCGCGUUCACCAAGAAACCCCUCCUUCCAUGGCUUAUCCGUCGCGUCGAGGCGCGUUAUCCGAGGCAAAGUACCUCUCCGCAUGGAAUGCGCUCCGGCUUUCAACUACGCACGUUCCAAGCAUACCACUGUCAUCACCCCUUCCUCGGCCCCAGCCAACACCCUCAAAGCAGACUUUCAUAGCGAUUCACUGGCCCUCGACUUGCGAUAUGUACCCGAGAAUACAAUGGCGAGUGUGCCUUGCCCGAAAGUUGGGCUGGAACUGCUCGAUCUCUCGUCCAAGGGACAUCUCGGGCUUGCCGUGCAGUCUGAGAUGCUCUUGGUUGAAGGACAAUGCGUCACCUUCAUCCUGAGGAGUCCUCCAAAUGGCGCCGAGAGCGGCGCUUCUCAGUAUGAGGACCCCGUGCUGACCAAGGAACUGGUGCAUGGUCUCCUAACCUCGACGAAUAAAUACUGGAACGACUGGAUUCGACAAUCGACAUACAGCGGUUCAUGGAAAGAAGCAGUCCAUCGCAGUGCGCUCGCGCUGAAGCUACUGAUAUUUGAACCUACUGGCGCAGUUGUUGCAAGUCCCACGUUCAGCUUACCGGAAUUCAUCGGAGGGACCCGAAAUUGGGACUAUCGAGCCUCGUGGAUUCGAGACUCCUCUUUCACAUUAUAUGCAUUGAUUCGCCUGGGCUUCACCCAGGAAGCGGAUGCUUACAUGGAAUUCAUAUUCGAGCGUCUCCGGAACAAGAACCCCGACGGAAGUCUGCAGAUUAUGUAUACCAUCCAUGGCGGAAAAGAUCUUGAAGAGCUCGAACUGAGUCAUCUCGAUGGGCACAAAGGAUCAAGGCCCGUUCGUAUCGGUAAUGGCGCGGCAGACCAUUUGCAGUUGGACAUUUACGGCGAAUUGAUGGAUUGUAUCUAUCUUGGUCAGAAGUUCGGCCGACCACUGGUAGUCGCCGACUUAAGGAAUGACACCAGGCUUCUCGUCCGUGGCGUGGUGGAUUAUGUCGUGGCGAACUGUCACCUUCCGGACCUGUCAAUUUGGGAAGUUCGAAAUAAGAAGCGGCAUUUUACAGCAAUAUUCCAAGGUCAUGCUCUGGUAUUCGUCCCCUGCGAUCAUGCACUUUGUUCUGACAAAAUGAACACCAGGGUGGCCAUAGAUCGUGGCCUGCGGAUUGCGGACAAGCGGUCGCUUCCCUGCCCGAACCGGCCCAAGUGGCUAGAGACGCGCGAUCGGCUCUACGAAGAGAUUAUGGAAAAAGCGUGGCAUCCCGAAUUACAGGUCUUCGGGCAGUCGUACGAGGAGACGGAUGUGAUGGACUCUGCUGUCCUUAUCAUGCCUCUCGUUUUCUUCAUUCAGCCAAGUGAUCCCCGCUUUGUCAGCACAUUGCGACAGAUCUUGAAUACACCCGAGCGCGGCGGAUUGACGUCUAACAAUCUCGUUUUCAGAUACGAUGUGACCAAAUCGGACGAUGGCGUGGGCGGAGAAGAAGGGACCUUCUGCCUCUGCACUCUCUGGUGUGUCGAGGCGCUCACCCGUGCCGGAGAGUACGAUCGGCCGAUGCUGCUCAAAGCCGUGUCGAUGUUUGAGGACUUUCUUCUCUAUCUCAAUCACGUCGGACUGUGUACCGAAGAAAUCUCGGAUGCUGGCGAAGGAUUAGGCAAUGCCGUGCAGGGCUUCACACAUGUCACGCUCAUCUCUGCAGCGUACAACCUGUCCCGGACGAUGCAGCGUCUCCGUCUUUGA